GAACCAUAUUUCUGCCGUGUUUGUGGGAGGAGGUUUUACACUAAUGACAAACUUGUUAAUCGUUUCAAGAAAAUUCAUGAGUGUGAACAUAAGAAGAGUGGGAUAUGGUUUAGCUGAUGAGUUGAAAAGAGCAGGGUUUUGGGUUAAGACUGUUUCUAAUAAGCCACAAGCUGCUGAUGUUGCAUUGAGGGAUCACAUGGUAGAUGUCAUGGACAAGAGGAGAGCUGAGUGUGUAGUGCUUGUGUCUGAUGAUUCAGAUUUUGUGGAUGUGUUGAAUGAGGCAAAAUUGAGGUGUGUGAAGACAGUUGUUGUUGGGGAUGUCAAUGAUGGAGCUUUGAAAAGAGUUGCAGAUGCUGCAUUUUGCUGGAGGGAAAUAUUAAUGGGGAAGGCUAAGAAGGAGGCUGUAUCUGUUGUGGGGAAUGAGUCUAAUGAUGAAAGCGAGAAUGAGUUUAUCGAUGGCAUUAUUGAUGGAGGUGAUGCUGGAUCUAUUCAGAAGGAAGAUACUGGUGCUUGGUGGGAUUUGGAUACUGAUUCUGAUGUCUUUACUUCUCAAUUGUCUGAAUAAUUAGAUACAGUAGUUAUUAAGUUUGUAACUUGGUAAGCUUCAUUUAACUUCUUCUGGCUUGCAUAUUUGAGAAAUUCUAGAGCUUGUUAAAGUAUCUCUUGCAUUUCAUCACAUUUACUUCUUACUCGUUUUUAUCAUAUAUUGCUCGAAUUCAGGCAUGAGAUCUUCAUUCUAAUACAUGGUUAUACGAUGC